ACGCGUGUUUGGGAAUGCCGUCGUCGCCGGGCGGGCGGUGCUUUUUUUUUCCGCUGGCUUCCCUGUCGCUCCUCGGUAUUGUUUAACGGUGCGAUUCCUUUGUGUCGUGUUUGCAGCAAAACAACUUUCGUGUGGGGAUGUUACCGAGGAAAUGAACAACAAUGACGGUCUCCCGUUCCCGGGUCUGCUCGGCGAUUUCGGCGUCUCCUGAGCUCGUUUUGGCUAGCAUGUUUUUUUGCCUGUCAACGUAGCUACUGGUGUGCUAAAUGCGCUUGAACACCUACCUCCACGCCUUUCCUCACCUUUUUUUUAACUGUUAAAGUGCUCUUUUCCAGGCUGUGUGGAUUGGAAAUGUAUAGAGGAAGGGAUGAAGUUGCAGUAGAAGGCUUCCUGUGAGCCCCCCCCCCCCCCCAUUUCCAUGCACACACCCGUAGUCAUGACCGGUGUGUGCAGCUGUAGAGUCGGGCGAAACUAGCUAUUAGCGGAACAGCCAGCGGGGCUUUCGAUACUUGGAUGAUCGUGACGCCGAGGACGAGCUGAUCCGCUCGACUAAACGCAGGCAGCAUGGGGGAGCCCAGCCUGGACGACUCCAACGUCAAGGUGGCGGUCCGCGUUCGGCCCAUGAACCGGAGAGAAAAGGAAUUAAAUGCAAAGUGCGUGGUGGAGAUGGUGAAGAAUCAGACCGUCCUCCAUCCUGCAUUGGGCAACUUAGGGAAGGGCGACUCCAGGAAUCAGUCCAAGGUUUUUGCCUACGACUAUUGCUUCUGGUCCAUGGACGAAUCGGACAAAGAAAAAUUCGCUGGUCAGGAGGUGGUGUUUCAGUGCCUUGGGGAGAGUCUUCUUCAUAAUGCCUUCCUUGGCUACAAUGCCUGUAUCUUUGCCUAUGGACAAACUGGUUCUGGAAAGUCCUACACUAUGAUGGGCUCAGGGGACCAGCCGGGCCUCAUCCCUCGACUCUGUAGCGCUUUGUUUGACCGUACGCAGAAGGAGCAGCGUGAGCAGGAGAAGUUCACUGUGGAGGUCUCCUACAUGGAGAUCUACAACGAAAAGGUCCGCGAUCUGCUGGACCCUAAGGGGGGGAGACAAACAUUGAGAGUGAGAGAACAUAAAGUGUUGGGUCCAUACGUGGACGGCCUUUCUCGGCUAGCUGUGGCUAGUUACAAGGACAUCGAGGUGCUAAUGUCAGAGGGCAAUAAGUCUCGCACCGUUGCUGCCACAAACAUGAACGAGGAGAGCAGUCGAUCGCACGCCGUCUUCAGCAUAAUUCUCACGCACACCCUGACGGACGUCCAGUCUGGGACGAGUGGAGAGAAAGUCAGUCGGCUAAGUCUGGUGGACUUGGCUGGAAGUGAGCGAGCAGCAAAAACCGGAGCGGCGGGAGAGCGUCUCAAAGAGGGAAGCAACAUCAAUAAGUCGCUGACUACACUUGGCCUGGUGAUCUCCGCUCUGGCAGAGCAAGGAACGGCCAAGAACAAGACCAAGUUUGUUCCUUACAGAGACUCUGUUCUGACAUGGCUUCUGAAGGACUGCCUCGGCGGGAACAGCCGCACAGCGAUGGUGGCUACGGUGAGCCCGGCGGCUGACAACUACGAGGAGACGCUGUCCACGCUGCGCUACGCUGACCGGGCGAAGAGCAUCGUUAACCACGCAGUCGUCAACGAGGAUCCCAACGCUCGCAUCAUCCGGGAGCUGCGAGAGGAGGUGGAAAAGCUGCGAGUGCAGCUCACUCAAGCCGAGUCGUUGAAAGCUCCCGAACUCAAGGAACGCCUGGAAGAGUCUGAGAAGUUGAUUCAUGAGAUGACCAUCACGUGGGAGGAUAAGCUUCGCAAAACAGAGGAGGUUGCACAGGAGCGUCAGAAGCAGCUGGAGAGUCUGGGCAUUUCCCUCCAGUCGUCGGGCAUUAAAGUUGGCGACGAUAAGAGCUUUCUGGUCAACCUGAAUGCAGACCCGGCGCUCAAUGAACUACUGGUGUACUAUUUGAAGGAGGACCACACCCAAGUGGGCUCGGCAGACUCGCAGGACAUCCAGUUGUGUGGCAUGGGCAUCCAGCCCGAGCACUGCGUUAUUGACAUCAACGCCGACGGUGCCGUCAUCCUCACCCCAUACCCCAACGCUCGGACGUGUGUUAAUGGCUCUCCGGCCACCUGUCCGCUGGUGCUUCACCACGGCGACCGAAUCCUCUGGGGAAACAACCAUUUCUUCAGGAUAAACCUCCCCAAACGGCGCGCUCGAACCGCCGAGGAUGAGGAGGGUGAUGGUAGUGUGAUGAAGAAGAGUGGCAGCAGCGAGCAGCUGGAUGCAGAUGGUGACUCUGCCAGUGAAGUUUCCAGUGAAGUCAGUUUCUCCUACGAGUUCGCUCAGACCGAAGUCAUGAUGAAAGCUCUGGGAAACAAUGAUCCAAUGCAGAGCGUCCUGCAGUCGCUGGAGCGACAGCAUGAAGAGGAGAAACGCUCGGCUCUAGAGCGCCAGAGGCAGAUGUACGAGCAGGAGCUCCAGCAGCUCCGUCGCAAGCUGAAUCCAGACCGCCUUUCAACGGGGCAGCCGGGACCGCUGGCAUUUGGCCAAGGCGGCACUGGCCAGCAGUCUCACUACCGCAGCAUGGAGAGGCUCAGCAUGGGAGGCAUGAGCCACUCCACCAGUGCUCAGAGCAGACUGAGACAGUGGAGUGAGGACAGGGAGGCUGUGUUGGUGAGGAGCUUGAGGCGGCUGCGGGAGCAAAUAGUGAGAGCCAACCUCCUAGUGCAAGAGGCCUGCUUCAUCGCCGACGAGCUGGAACGCCACACAGAAUACAGAGUCACCUUACAGAUUCCCUCAGACAACCUCAAUGCCAACCGCAAGAGAGAUGCGGUGCUCAGCGAACCCGCCAUUCAGGUGCGACGUCGCUGCCGUGGCAAGCAAAUCUGGAGUUUAGAGAAGACUGAGAACCGCUUGGUGGACAUGAGGGAGCUCUACCAGGAGUGGCAGGAUUAUCACCUGCAUGACAACGACAACCCGGGGAUGCGCUCAUACUUUCGCCGGGCCGACCCCUUCUUUGAUGAGCAAGAGAACCACAGCCUGAUCGGCGUAGCCAACGUCUUCCUAUCCUGCCUUUUCUACGACGUCAAGUUGCAGUACGCUGUGCCCAUCAUCAACCAGAAAGGAGAGGUGGCUGGGCGUCUCCACGUGGAGGUGGUGAGGGUUGGGGGUGCUCUCGAGGACAACAUCGCCGGAGGGGACGAUCCUGACAACAACCCUGAUUUGGAAAUUCAGGACCGCAAACUUGUCUGUAUGAUUAAAAUCCUUCAGGCCACUGGUCUCCCCCAGUACCUGUCCAACUUCGUCUUCUGCCAAUACUCCUUCUGGGACCAGCCAGAGCCCAUCAUCGUGGCCCCUGAGGUGGACCCCUUGUCAUCAUCACCUAGCACCAAAGACCCUCACUGCAUGGUGGUGUUCGACAGCUGCAAGGAACUGGCCGUGUCUGUGUCAGAGGAUUUCAUCGAAUACUUGACUGAAGGUGCUGUGGCCAUCGAGGUCUUUGGACACAGGCAAGCUGAUGCGGGCAGGAACCCGGCCCUAUGGGACCUCAGCAUCAUCCAGGCCAAAACACGAACGCUGAGAGACAGGUGGAGCGAGGUAACGCGCCGGCUGGAACUCUGGAUCCAAAUCUUGGAGAUUAACGAGAACGGAGACUUUGUACCGGUUGAAGUCAUUCCGGCUCGAGAUGUCAACACUGGUGGAAUAUUUCAACUUCGACAAGGUCAAGCGAGGAGAAUCCAGGUGGACGUGCGCUCCGUUCAGGACUCGGGCACCAUGCCCCUCAUAUCAGAGAUUGUGCUGGCUGUGUCGGUGGGCUGCGUGGAGAUCACACCCACCAUCAACAGCCCUGAGGGAGACGAAAUGGACAGUUAUCAGGAGAGAGACCUGGAACGUUUGCGGCAUCAGUGGUUGGCAGCCCUCACCAAGAGACAGGAGUACUUGGACCAGCACCUACAAAGUCUGGUUAGCAAAGCAGAAAAAACAGAGGACGACAUGGAGAGGGAGGCUCAGCUGCUGGAAUGGCGCUUGACGCUGACAGAAGAGCGAAACGCCGUCAUGGUGCCGUCUGCAGGCAGUGGCAUUCCAGGAGCACCUGCGGAAUGGGUUCCACUUCCGGGCAUGGAGACUCACAUUCCGGUCCUCUUCCUCAACCUUAAACCUGACGACCUGAGCUCUCAGGACCAGUUUGAGGUUCCCGACGCGGGAGGCUGGGACGCCACACUGAGCGGUGAAGACGAGGAUGACUUCUUCGACCUGCAGAUUGUCAAGCACUACGACGGCGAAGUAAAAGCGGAGGCGUCGUGGGACUCCACAGUCCACGAGUGUCCGCAGCUGAGCCGCGGGGGAGCUUGGCCCGACAACCGGGUCUACCUCACGGUGCGCGUGGUCGUGCAGCUCAGCCACCCGGCAGACAUGCAGCUGGUGCUGAGGAAAAGAAUUUGCGUCAAUGUCAACCCCGGGCGCCAGGGCUUCGCCCACAACUUCCUCAGGAGGAUGUCCACGCGCAGCACCAUCCCUGGAUGUGGUGUCACCUUUGAGGUGGUCUCCAACAUCCCAGGAGAUGCUCCCGGAUCAGAAGACCGAGAGAUGCUGGCCCGCCUCGCCGCCAGUGCUCACAGCAGGGAGUCGGCCGACGACGAAGCCGCCAUCGAGAAGUACCUGCGCAGUGUCCUCAGUCUAGAGAACAUCCUCACCCUGGACCGACUCAGACAGGAGGUGACAGUGAAGGAGCAACUCGCUGCAAGAGGAAGAAGCAACCGGCGGAGUCUCAGUUCUCCAUCUGUUAACAGGCUGUCUGGAAGCAGACAGGACUUGUCCACCACCUGCUUGCUUGAAGACAAGGGUCGUUGGGAGAGUCAGCAGGACAUCUUCAUGCCCUCUGCGUAUCAUCGCACGCUCCCCCGGCCAGCCUCAUCCCCCUCCACCUACUGCCCCUCGUCGUCGCCGCCCUCCUCGGGCGCUGUCACCUCGCCGCCACACCACCAGGAGCCAGAGCAAGGUCGUUCAGGACUUGCUGCGUCUUAUCUUUCAGUGAAGGCGCUAGUUCCGCAGAUGCCCAAACUGCUCAAGUCUUUGUUUCCGGCACGCGACGACAAGAAGGAGCUGAGGCCAUCGCCGCAGAGCCAACAGCACAUGCCCCGCAUCAUGUCGCCACCAGGGGGCGAAGAGUACAAAGUCAAGGUGGACACGCAGGUCGCGCGCCUCCCACCAGCGCCUGCCAGAGAGCGGCGGCCUGACCCGACCGAAGCCCCCCCUCUUCCCGUGCAUGACCCGCAUGAUAGCGCUCUCCUCAGCCCGCUCAGCCAGUCGUCCAGUGGCUACUUCUCGGCCAGCGUCUCUACGGCGAACCUGUCCGACGUCCUGCACCCCUCUUCCUCAUCCUCCUCCCUCCUCCUCGCCGCGGACGCCGCGCUAGCUCCAAAUCACGACGGCGUGACCGCACGCCACUUCCUCUCUGAACAGAAGCCGCCCGACGACCCCACUGUGCCCGCCUGGCUGACGGACGGUGCCCCCGUGGCCGUCGGGAGCGGGAAGGCGGGCACCGUGCGCUAUGUGGGAUCCACGCACUUUGCCGAAGGCGUGUGGGUGGGCGUGGAGCUGGACUCCCCCACAGGCAAACACGACGGUCGCGUGGGCAGCCAUCGCUACUUCCAAUGCCGGCCCGGGCACGGCGUCCUGGUGCGGCCGGACCGCCUGACGUCCCGCCACGGUCGGCGAGGACCCCCCGAACUCUCCGCCCGCGCUCCCGUCAUCAGAGGGGAGAACCGCAAGUCCUGGAGCAGCUGAGACCGGGAACGCUGAAAAUUCUGGGGACCAAAUCUCCCGCAAGCAGGAAAAGAAGCAGCUUUUCGGCCCUUCUUGCAUCUCUCGCCAGGAUUCCUCUCGCAGUUUCGCCGUCUCGGGGACCGCGGGGCCGGGAGCGAGCGCAUAUUACCCCGUUUGUGUGCAAUAAGUCAGCUUUUCAGCUACGUGUUGACGUCAAGGAUGACGCAUGGAGCCUGUUGAGUAAGUGCAUCUUUUAUUUUGAAAAGACUUAUUUCGCCAGGACCAGCUUCCUGUCCUAGUAUUGUUGUGGGAGGUGGUGGGGGGGAUGGCUCACGCAUUUCUUAAUGAACAUUCCAGAGACUGACAGUAGCGAUCAAGUUGCACCGCGGGAGAUGUGCCGCAACACGAGCUCAGCGAGCCGUUUGGGGGUUUUCAUGUUGGAAACCCGCCGAAAACCUGCGAGAGCUCACGAAAUUGUUGGGGUGACGUCAACACGCACAGAGUAUAACGGAUUACUAUCAGUUGGUCACAGGAAGAAGCCUCUGAGAGUGCAAAAAAAAAAAAAAAAGUCAUCAGGGCCACACUGAGGAAAAUAUCAGAAUAGAAUUUAAUCAUUAGUUAACUGUCUAGAGAAUUGAAGCAAGUCAGAAAAAGCUUUCCUAAAUUCCUUAUUUUUUAUGAUUAUUUGCAACGGUCAUAAUUUCACAAGCUUCCAAUUUAAGAGGAAAAAGUCACUAUUCUGAGAAUGAAAUAAAAUUGGGGGGGGGAUAGUGCUCUUCAUCUAUUAAAAUUCUAUUCUAUAUUCAGGAGGAUAAAUUAAUUGAAAUAUUGUUACAAAUUUACCAAAAAGUAAGAGGAAAGGCAUACAAUUACAAAUAAA